AGUAGAACUAAGGGUAGAACAAUAGUGUAGAGCUGUGAUUGUAUCGAGUCUAUUGACCAUUAAAAAAACCUUAAUUUAAGCAACUAUGUUGCUAAAAUUGCAAAAAGAUUAGAAAAUAUGUUUCUAAAGAACUUUCGUGUUAAGUCCAAUACUGCCAUUCGAGGAUCUGAUAGGAGAAAAUUGAGAAAUGAUAUCUUGAGAGCAUUUCCUUACAUCACACAAGAGAUUGCCUCUGCAAUUAUUCCAAACAAAGAUGAUAUGUCUGUCAUGAAAAUUAUGACACAUUCUGGUCAAAAUGUCACAGCUUAUACUGUGAAUGGAUCUCCAAUUCUCUUCCAAAUAGAAACAAAACUAUAUCCUACAGUUUACUUAUUGUGGGAGUAUCCGGAUAUGAUACCAACGUUUGUAACAUGGCCAAAUGUUUUCGAGAAAUUACGUGGAGGUGCAGACCUAAUGCUACCAGGUAUUAUACAAGUAGACACUGAUGAACAGGAGUUUCCAAAAGAACAAGUGUGUUCGGUUGCCUUGCUUGGAAAUAGAGCUCCAGUAGCUGUUGGUUACACAAUAGUGUCGUCUAGCGAGGCAAGGGAACAAGGUAUGCGGGGAAAAGGAGUGAUUAUACUUCAUUCAUAUCUUGAUCAAUUAUGGUCGCAAGGUUCCAAAUGUGAUAUUCCUGUGAUCGCUCCAAAUUUAUCACAACUGCAAGAGAGUAAAGACACAACUAAUGACGAGUGUUCAGUAAAUCAAGACUUAACAGUAACGGACUCGGGUAAAAGUGAUACAGCAGAAGCUGCAAUAACUGAACCUACCGAUAGUGAGAGCAAUGAAACGCUGAGUGAAAAUUUGAAGGACGUAGAAAUAACAGAGUAUGUCACAACAGAGUUAUCAUCUUUGAAUCCAGAGGCAGCAAGCAGUGAAAUGAUUUCAAGUUUGAAUAGGGAAUCAGAGGAAUGUUGUUCUGAAGAUACACAUACGACGUUAGAGGAUGAAGUUCAAGAAAUUUGUCCUGUUGAUUCUAUGGAUGAGUUGUUGGAGAAAUCGUUUAUGUAUGCUUUAUUUUGUGUCAAGAACCAUGAUUUACCAAUUUUGACCAGCACAUUUUAUAAAAAUCAUUUACUUCCAUGCUGCCCAGAAAGUCAAAUAUUGGAUAUUAAAAAGUCCAGUUACAAAAAGUUAACGAAAUUCCUUCAAGUGAUGGAAAACAGAAAUUUCAUCGCAAUGAAAGAGCAGUCUAAGGGCGUGCAUUGUAUCGACAGUAUCAACUGGGCCAACGAAGAUUUAAAAAACUUCAAGAAAGAAAAUUCAGAAAAGAUUAACGAAAACCGUCAGAACGAUUUGAAAGAAUCGAACACUGUCAGUAAUAAAUAUAAGCCGCCAGAAAUUGAAGAUGUUUUUGCCGUGUCAGGAUCUACGCGCACUCUUUUUGAAAGUCUUGGUUACAGCAAAGGUGCAAUAUUAACAGCUAAAGAAGUGCGACAAGUGAUCACCGAUUAUAUCAAGUCUCAAGAACUUGCUUCUACACAAAAUAAAAGAAUGGUGAAACUUGAUCCAGUAUUGUUUUCCGCAGUUCACAGAAAAGGAGAAGAUAAUUAUGAUACUCUUUCAUGGGAUGAAGUUUUUAAAAGAAUAAUCGAUAGAAUGAAUCCCUGUCAUACUGUAACAUUCAACGGACAAACACCAAUUACCAGGAAAGGCAAACUUGAACUUAUUGAAAUCAAACUGGAGCAACGUAUGGGCAAUAAAAAGGUAACUCUCGUACAUAAUCUGGAAUAUUACGGCAUAGAUCCCGGAGAAUUUUCUCAUAAAUUGCAACUUAAAGCUGCUUCAAGCACCUCAGUUUCACAAUUACCAGGAAAGACUAAUCCAGGUCAACAAGUUCUAAUUCAGGGAAAUCAAAUGUUGCACGUGGCUCGAACGUUACAAGAUGAUUAUGAGAUAGCAGCGAAAUAUAUUAAUGGACUAGAUAAACUUAAACAGUCUAAAAAUAAAAAUAAAAAGUAAUCAGUAGCAAGUGGGUAUGAGUAAAAUUGCUUUGUAUUAUGAUAUAAAUGACGAAAUAUAUAUU